AUGUGGACCCAGGCCAGCGCCCUGCUGCUGCUGCUCGCCUGCUGCCUCUGGCCGGCCGAGGCCCAGAGCGACGGCAGGAGGCAGAACAUCGGGGACGAUCCCCUCAUAUUCAAGACCAAGGCUCAGGACUCUUGCACCAUGACCAUCACCGGUCACGGGGAUUACACCCGGCUGAGGCUGUCGUGCCGGAGCAGUGAGGGCUCCUACUGGUGCGAGUACGUGGGGAAGCCUUACAACUGCCGCAACUACAACAAAAACCCCCGACACUACUUUGUCCAGAUGAUGUGGGGCUUCAGAAAACUCAACAAUGCCUGCCAGGCACCAAAGAAGAUCAGACCUCAGAUGUGCAGGAGGGCGACUGAUGACUCUCAGAUGAUCUUUUCGUCUGCUUCGUCGUCCCACUUAUGGCAAGACCCUUCUUCAAGGCCAAACCCGGGAGCCCAGGCUGCAAGACCUGAACCUCGACCUGCACCGACCAGGCCGGAGUCAGGGAGGAGACCCUCCUCAAAAUCCUUACCGGUCCAACCGAGAGAAAAGAGCUCGGAGAGAAUCAUUCCGCCGCCACUGACACCUCCAGUGGAGAGCAACGCCAAGAGGAUGGCUCGCCGGUACUGUUGGAGGUCACUUCACGGCGUCUGCUCCUUCGUCAUUGGGUUCUUUCCAAAUUAACACGAAAGAUUUACAGUUCUGAGGAGGAGGUCUUCUAAACGACCUUCUAAAGGCAAACUGCCGCUGAGGAACCGGAGCGCUUCCCUCAGGAGAAGGGACGUUACUGCAGUGUCUCUCAAACUAACCUUCCUCGCUGAAACUUGCAUGUAUGAUCAUCAUCAUCAUCAUCAUCAUCAUCAUCAUCAUCAUCAUCAUCCAUUGAGAGACCGAUUUCAACCUUUUCAUGGUCACUGCUGUAGGAAUUUCACUACCUGACUUAUUUUUAGUCAGAACAAACAUUUUUGCAAUAAACUGUGCAAGUACUUCACUUCACUUGGGAGAGUUGAGUUUCAUGAAUAUAGAGACGAACCUAAACAUCGAAGCCAAACUUAUUUAUCUUUGUUUGUUUACUUGUACAUUAUCUGCAUCACUUUGUAUAACUUUGAAAAUUAUAUGAUUUUCAAAACAGCAAAGAUUUGUGUAAUGAUGUCUUUGACAAA